AUGACUUUUCUUCCCAAAAUCGAUUCUACUGUCUCAAAUCCUCGGGUUGCAUGUCAAGGUGCUCCACAACCUUCGGUACAUUUAACUUGCCUUUCGUCUUCUUGUCAAGGAACUUCAACUUGCAAGAGUUGCACAGCGGACCUUACACAUGCCUAUGUUUCUUCUGUUGAGUGUGUGAAUUACGAUGCUGGUGAAGCUGGUGUUACAACUUGUAGUAGUUGCACUUUAGAGCCAACCUCGACGCCGGCUGGUCCGACUUCGACAGCAUCAUCUUCAGGAACUAAACAAAGUGGAAGUGAUGGUUCCUCAAAUGGACAAGUAACAACUUGGUUAGCUUGGAGAUGA